CAAGAUACAGUCACCAUAGAAACGAAACAUUUAUGGUCAAUGUCACAGCAGAAAUUGCAGCGUAUUUUCACUGUGUUCUGUGAAGAUUACGUUUUGCUGUUCGGGAGCAUUAUGACACGUUUACGAAUCGAUUGAGCCGCUCAUAAUCCAAAAAUGAUCGAAACGCCGUGCAUAUGCAAAGAAAAAAAGGAGGAUGCGGAAGGAGAGGAAAUUUCUUUCGGUCCUCGAACCGAUGACAUUUAUCGAACCUGUAAUCUUCCAACACGAUUUAUGUACCCACGAGUGUUCAAAGGAUACCGACAGGACGAGAGUCCGCCUCCGCAUCCUUGUUACAGGAGCUCGUCGAUGGAUUACGGAUGGUACGCACCGACGAUUCACACCGUGCCCACCUCUUAUUAUCCACGAAAUACUUGUUUCAGCGACAACCAGGCCCGUGGUGGCAUGUACCGUAAUUGCUCGCUCAAUACGGAACUGGAUAAAAGCAUGGUUUAAUUUUUUUGCACAUCCUCUUUAACCAUAAUUUUUUUCAAUUUAUUUAGAUCACACUAUCUUUUGUAAAGUAAAUCGUAGUUUCGUAUCGAUGGUGUACUAUAUAAUGUAUCCAAUAAAUUUAAAAAAUAUGAAGCUUGUGCAUUGAAAGGCGCUAAAAAUUAAAUCGUAUUUGAUAUUUAAGAAAGUAUAAUUUGAUACUUCAAGUCUUUAUAUCUAGAAAUUAUUUUGAUAAUUUUUAUAUUUAAAAAUGCUUCAAAAUUAACUGGUGAUGAGGUUGUGAGAUUGACGACAGUCAGAAGUAUAAUAUUUUAUUUUGUUUUUAUUGUUACAGUUUAGCUUGACGUAUCGCAGUAAUCGUAUUUCAACGAGAACCUAGUCGAGCUACGCAGAAUUACACGGUGUCCCGAAAUCUAGCACAGAAUCGAAAGUCGUUCUUCUUUUCAUACGAUCGCGACUACUGGGAUUUAUCGUUCACGUACUUGUUUUCACUAACGUUUGUCUUCGUUACAGCUUCAUUUAGGAUUUAGUAAUCAGGGCCUGAAAGUUACUCUGUGUUACUCGACCUCGGAAGUAAUUACGACAUUUUAUAAUUUUUAAAUGCAUGUCAUUCAUCCAUUACGCUGCUUGGUAUGACCAUCAUAGAAGUAAUUAUAACUUCAACAUAUAUAUAUAUAUAUAUAAGAGUUUUUAA